AUGUCAGCGGAAGCAGGUGUGAAACAAGCAGAAGAAGAUGAAAAGAAUACAGCGGACAAGGCCAGGGAUGGCGAGACUCUCCCACACGUUGCUGUGGACAACGUUUUGUUGUCGAUGAAGCUGCAGGUAACAGACGUGGCUUCGCGAGAACAGGGACAUGCCAAAAUCAGACUGCUGGUCUCUAACGUUUCUGAUGGUGGUUAUUCGGAUGAUAACUUCGAGAGGGACAUGUUCCUCCUCGGCGGGGUGCUAGUCGUCUUUGGCGGGCGGGCCUUGGUGUUGAUCACCAAGUAUUGUCUGCAAGAAAUUACGCCAUCGGCGAGAUGA